AUGAAGUUCGGCGCAGUCAUCAAGGACGCCCUCUACCAGGACUGGCAGGCGUCCUACAUCGACUACGGCGGCUUGAAGCGCUUCAUCAAGGACCGCCAGGCCAAGAAGCAGUGGGACGAUGCGGACGAGGCCGAGUUCAUCAAGGCGCUCGAGAGCGAGCUCGAGAAGGUCGCCAAGUUCCAGGAGACCAAGAUCGCCGAGCUGACGGAGAAGAUCGACAACUACGAGGACGAGGUCAAGAACCUGAUCGCGCUGUCGGGCGAGUCGAAGCGCCGCGAGUCGUCCUCGGGCAACGACAACGGCGAGGGCCCGUCCGCCGAGCACGGCGACGACCCGGAGGGCGCCGAGGCGACCGACGACAGCAUGAGCGACACGUCGGACGACGAGUUCGAGGACCGCUUUGUCGACCUCGAGGAGGACCUCGCCAACGUCAUUGCCGACGUGCACGACCUCGGCCACUUCUCGCACCUUAACUACACCGGCUUCAUCAAGAUCGUCAAGAAGCACGACAAGCGCACCGGCUUCACGCUCAAGGGCCAGUUCAUGCGCGACUUUCUCGAGAAAAGGCCGUUCUACAAGGAGUCGUUCGACGCCAUCAUCGUGCAGCUCUCGCGCCUGUACAACCUCGUGCGCACGCGCGGCAACCCGGUCCAGGGCGACGCGAGCGCCGGCGGGAACCAGAGCGCGUUCGUGCGCCAGACGACCAAGUACUGGGUCCACCCCGACAACUACGUCCAGCUCAAGCUCGUCAUCCUCAAGCACCUGCCUAUCCUCGUCUUCGACAGCGACAAGGCCUUUGCCCAGGACGACGCAGCUAUCACGUCCGUCUACUUUGACAAUGCCGACCUCGACCUGUACAUGGGCCGGCUCGAGAAGACCGAGGGCGCCGAGGCCAUUCGCCUGCGGUGGUACGGCGGCAUGGGCGUCAAGCUGAUCUUUGUCGAGCGCAAGACGCACCGCGAGGACUGGACGGGCGAGAAGUCGGUCAAGGCGCGGUUCCCGAUCGCCGAGCACCUCGUCAACGACUACAUUGCAGGGCGGCACACGAUGGACGAGACGUUCGAGCAGCUGCGCAAGAAGGGCAAGAAGAGCGACAAGGAGGUCGACUCGAUGAUCAAGCUCGCGCGCGAGGUGCAGGCCGCCAUCAAGCACAAGAAGCUCGGCCCUGUUGUCCGCACGUUCUACAACCGCACGGCGUUCCAGCUCCCGGGCGACGCACGCGUGCGCAUCUCGUUCGACACGCAGCUGUCGCUCGUGCGCGAGGACAACUGGGACGGGCGCCAGCGGUCGGGCAACAACUGGCGCCGGACCGACAUCGGCAUCGACUGGCCCUUCUCGCAGCUGCCCGACGAGGACAAGGAGCUGUUCCCGUACGGCGUCCUCGAGGUCAAGCUCCAGACGCAGAUGGGCCAGGAGCCGCCCGAGUGGGUGCGCGAGCUCGUCAGCAGCCACCUCGUCGAGGCCGUGCCCAAGUUCAGCAAGUUCAUCCACGGCUGCGCGACGCUCCUCCCGAACCGCGUCGACCUCAUCCCCUUCUGGCUCCCGCAAAUGGAGACCGACAUCCGCAAGCCGGCGACGCAGAAGGCGCAGAUCCAGCGCCCGAUCACGUCCGGCUCGGGCACCAACUCGGGCACGCCGUCCGACGUGCGCUCGGCCGACCUCGCACAGUACACCGAGCCGGUGUCGGACGACGAGGACGACGAGGGCAACCGGCACUUUGCGACGACGUCGGACGAGGCUGGCUGGGCCGACGUCGACCCGCAGGCGGCCGCCGAGGCCAAGGCGUUCCGCGACGCGCAGGCCAAGCUCCAGCUCGUCGAGUCGCGGUACACGCUCGACCGGGACCGCGGUCUCAACGAGCGCUCGUCGAGCGGGCAUGCCGCCUCGAGCGGCGAGGGAGCAGCAGCAGGAGGACGGGCGGGCGGCGAGCAGGGCAACAACGGCUCGGGCAUCUCGCUCACGCCGGGCAGGGUCGAGUACGUGUCGUCGUUCCGGGCGCAGCAGGGCAAGAAAAUCGCGAUCCCGGUGCGCGUCGAGCCCAAGGUGUUUUACGCCAACGAGCGCACGACCCUCGCCUGGAUUGAGUUCUCGGUCGUCGUCUCAGCGAUCGGCAUCGGCAUCCUCUCUUUCUCGGACCCGCACGACGAUAUCGCUCUCGCCGCCUCAUCCAUCUUUACGACCGUCGCGCUCCUUUCGAUCUUGUACACGGCGGGCAUGUACACCUGGCGCGUGCGCAUGAUCCGCAACCGCCAAGCAGUCAACUACCACGACUACUUUGGCCCGACGGCGCUGUGCGGCUUCAUCCUUCUCGGCGUCAUCGUCAACUUCGCGCUGCGCAUCAAGCAGGGCCUGUGA